AUGGUUUCCAAAAGAGCAAUCCUCAUUGUUGGCCUAUUGGCAAUCGCUCUUCUUAUUUCCUCAGAGGUGUCAGCAAGAGAAUUAACUGAAGAGAUUGCUGAAAAGUCAAAUGAACUGAAUGAUGCCAAAUUUUUGGGUUUUCAUCGACACCAUCAUAGACACGAUCACCGUCAUGGCCAUAGACACCAUCAUGGUAGACAUGGGGUUGAUUCCGACAAUGGUAACUGA